AUGCAGGCCUCCUCCUCUGCGCAACCGAUCUCCUUUGCCGCUCCCCCCUCCCAGCAGCUUCACCAGCAGCAGCGCCACGCGGCCGACGUCGCGAUGGCCAGCCCGGGCCACGGCCAGGCCUUCAACCCGGCCUCGUACACGCGCGCCAUGUUCGGCUCCCCCGUCUCCUGGCGCGCAGGCUCCUCUUUCGGCACGCGCCUGUACCCCGGCACGUCCCCGAGCCAGCUGUUCGGCAGCUUCGACCCGAACAGCGGCAAGCUGUCGUCGUCCAUCGAGAGCGAUCGCGGCGCGUUCAUGCAGACCCAGGACGAGUUUUGCCGGAAUUACACGUGCUGCGGGCUGAACCUCAGCGACCUGCACGCGCUCGUCGAGCACUUUGAGGAGGCGCACGUCGUGGUCAUCGACCCCUCCGCGCCCCACCAGCCCUCGCUCCUCCCGAACCAGCUCCCGCACAUGGCCGCCCACUACCCCCAGCACCCCCAGCACAUGAACUACCCGGCUCCCGGUCCGGCGCCCCAGCCGCAGAGCUUCGACCCCGCCGACGACAUGGAGCUCGACGACCAGUCCCCUCCUUCCUCGUCUGCCUCGUCUCCGCCCAGGACGCCGCCCUAUGUGCCCGCAAUCGCGACGCAGGUGCCCUACGUGCCCGCGCCGUACUCCACGCUCUCUAGCCAGCCGCCCAGCGCGUGCCCCAGCCCGGUCUCUGCAUUCGACACCACCGCCGUCCUGCCCUCACGUGCCGGCGCACCACAAGCAUACGCGAACUUCCCUCCGUUCCCGGCAAUGGCGCACGAUCAGCACCAGCACGAGGACGUCGCAGUAGCGCCCGCGAUGCUCUUCGGUCGCCACAACGCCGUGCAAGUGAAGCAGGAGCCCGGUACCUCAAAAGCGGCCGCUCAAGCCGCACCCUCUACGCCCGCACAGCAAACGCCCUCGCCCACAGGCACCGCGCCGCCCACACCCGGUGGCGCAUCCGAGACCUCGCGCGCGAGCUCGACGCUCUCCCGCCCGGCCUCCUCGCUCCUCCUCUCUAAGCCCUUCCGCUGCCCCAAGCCCAAUUGCAAUAAGUCGUACAAGCAGGCGAACGGCCUCAAGUACCACAUGACGCACGGCUCGUGCUCCUUCGCCCCGCCGAAGGACCUCGAGGCCGUCCAGGCUCUACUUGCCGAGAAGGGCCUCAGCGCCGAGGGCGACCUCUCCGAGAGCGACGCGCGCGAAGUCGAGCGCGAGGCCGAGCGCCGCCUGCGCCCGUUCGCAUGUGCCGUCGGCGAGUGCACGCGCCGGUACAAGAACAUGAACGGCCUGCGGUACCAUUACCAGCACUCGGGCGAGCACGGCGCCGAAGGGCUCCGCCUCCUCGCUUCCGGGCAGCACGAGUGCCUGCAGCACCACACCGGGCGCGCGCGUAAGGCCGCACAGGCGCAGGCUGCCGCGGCGAUGGCGGCUGUCAACGGGCAGGGCGCGCCGGUGCCUGUCAGCCAGCCGACGACGCCGGCGGUCCAGCAGCAGCCGCAGCAACAACAGGCCCAGCAGCAACAGCAGCAGGGGUGGUACGGCCAGCAGUACGCGUGGCAGCAGCCGGGCGCGGUGCAUGCUUAG